AUGUCGCAACACCCACAUUGGCGCCAGUAUCAAUCGAGCAAGAGUACUCACUCCCGCAGCGGCAGUAGCGGCUCAUACGACACGGCCCCAACAGAGUACAGUGACCGUCGACCCUCGCUGGUGCACAGCGAAACAUGUCAUGCUCGCAUAGAAGGACGGCACCGGGACGACUUUGCGCCGGCGAACGACUGCAAUCGAUACGCAGUCCAACCCGCCCACGCCUCAGUCGAGACGUACGCCUCGACCUCAGAAGAAGAUGUCGGCGAUGACUUUGACGAUGUGCCAGAGUACGAGGUCCCGCAGUACCAUCUUGAGCCGCGUUCUACCGUCGAAGCCAUCCCCACCACACCCCGCGACUUUGGCGACCUUUUCCCCACCGCAAAACGCAUAUCGAUACGCCACGACGAUGCCACAAUAGAUGGCAACAUGAACCUGAGGGUCGACACGCAGGUUGAGGAGCGAAAUCACAAAAUACAAAACUACACCCUCUUCCAUCUCCGCAUGAAGGACCUGCGCACUCGAGAGUUCUCUCUCCGUCGGUACUGCAGAGAAUCUGGCCGUGAGGUUUGCCAUUCAAUACGCAAGUACCAAAAGCCACCCUCAGAACAACGCCCGAUUCUGCAGCGCGCAAGCACAGCGCUUGCAAGCUUGGUGCACAAGCCUGAGUCACGUCCCUCCACUUCAGCAGGCCUCAAGCGCUCAGAUUCUGGCUACGAGUCGAUGCAGAGUGGCCUUGACGCACUGGGAGCGGAAGAGUUUGAGUCACAUCCCAAGUCCGUAGGCUAUUCCAAAGGGCGAGCGCUGAUGCCUACCAACACGAUCAAACUUGAGUUCUCAAACUACGCCCAUCUCGACGUUAAACGUAGAGGCACCAAGUCCAACAAACGGUACGCCUUUGAGUACUGGGGCAAUGAUUACUCUUGGAAACGUAUCGUGAAGAAGGAGCAUGAUCAAGAAAUCGUGUCUUACUAUCUCAUCCGCAACGACAACGAGAAGGAGCCACUAGCCCAUAUCUGCCCUGUCCGCCUCUCUGCAGAUGAGGCACGUGAGGAAACUGCGAGGGGAGGCUGGAUUCCACCAUCAUAUAUGCGCAUUACCGACGAGGAGAUUUUGUGCGCUGAAUCCGACAUUUCUGACGUCGUUAUUGCGACAGGGCUCAUGGCUCUGGCAGAUGACUGCAUCAAGCGCCGCUUUCACUCCAAGCAGAGCACGCAACUGCACAUCCCGCUUCUCCGAAAUGGUUCUUUCAUGAUGAACAUGGAGUAUGUUGGGCCCAAGCGGCUGAUCGAUGAAAUGUUCAACCGAACUGGCGGGAGCCCGAAGAAACAUCAUUCUCCGUACUCGGAGUCUUUUAUAGAAACUUAA